CUCUCCUAAUGGCUCUUUAUAUAAGAAGUGAAUGAGCACCAUUGAUGGUGCAAUAGAUUGAGCCAACUCUUUCUCUCUCUAAAGCUCUUCACUUCUGAAUCUCCACUCUCCUUCAACAUCACCAAAAAGGUAUGGUCAAUAUGAACUAUGAAUCUUCUUUCACAAUGGCGAAUUGUCAAACCAUUACUCUUAAUCAUUACACAUUCAUCAUAGCAUAUAUAUGUGUGUGUGUGUGUGUGACAUGACUUAGAUAGGAAGGUUGGAGACGACAUGGAGAAAACAAGUUCGUUAGGAUUGGCGAGGACGAAAUCCGAUCAACUGUUGGAGAAGGUGGCAGCAGCAUUCAAGUCACCGACGUCGAGCAGAGAGGCAAAUGGGGUGGUCGGGGAGAGUGGUAGCUCGACGUUGUCGAGGAAGCCGAGCAAGCAGACGCUGACAGCUCCUUCACCGGGGUGUGGCAGUGGCAGUGGUCGAAACACACACAUCAGGAAGUCUAGGAGUGCACAACUGAAGCUGGAUUUGGAUGACUUGGGCAGUGGUGCAGCCCUGAGUAGAGCUUCAAGUGCUAGCUUGGGCUUGUCAUUCUCCUUCACUGGCUUCACACUGCCACCUGAUGAAAUUGCUGAUUCCAAGACAUUUAGUGAUGAAGAUAUACAGGAUGUACAAGCAGGAACACGCAAGGCCAGAUUUCAAACAGAACCAACCAUGCCUAUUCAUCUCAAGUUCACAGAUGUUACUUAUAAAGUAAUUAUAAAAGGAUUGCGGACAAAUGUGGAGAAAGAGAUCCUGAAUGGGAUUACCGGUUUGGUACACCCAGGCGAAGUUCUGGCCUUAAUGGGACCUUCUGGAAGUGGCAAGACAACAUUACUCAAUCUGCUCGGAGGGCGGCUCAUACGAUCUACAGUUGGUGGUUCAAUUACCUACAAUGAUCAACCAUACAAUAAGUUCCUGAAAAGCAGGAUAGGAUUCGUGAUGCAGGAGGAUGUUCUAUUUCCCCACUUGACAGUGAAAGAAACAUUGAGAUAUGCAGCUUUGCUACGACUGUCAAGAACAUUGACAAAAGAGCAAAAGGAAAAGCGUGCUAUGGACAUUAUCUAUGAGCUGGGCCUUGAAAAGUGCCAGGAUACAAUGAUUGGUGGCUCCUUUGUCCGUGGGGUUUCGGGUGGAGAAAGGCGUCGGGUCUGUAUAGGCAAUGAGAUCUUAAUCAACCCCUCUCUCCUCUUUCUUGAUGAACCAACCUCAGGCUUGGAUUCUACAACUGCAUUGAGAAUUGUUCAGAUUUUACAUGAGAUAGCUGAAGCUGGGAAGACCGUGGUGACAACGAUUCACCAACCAUCAAGCAGACUAUUCCACAACUUCGACAAGCUAAUUCUUCUUGGGAAGGGAAACUUAAUCUAUUAUGGAAAAGCAGCAGAAGCAAUGAACUAUUUCUCAUCUAUAGGAUGUUCCCCACUUAUUGCAAUGAAUCCUGCUGAGUUCUUGCUUGACCUUGCAAAUGGCAACCUCAAUGAUGUGUCUGUUCCAUCAGAGCUAGAGGAUAAGGUGCAAGUAGAGAAUUCUGAGCCUGACAGUAGGCUCGAUAGACCUUCUCCAGCUCUUGUGCAGGAGUAUCUUGUGGAGGCUUACGAGACGAGAGUUGCAGAGAAGGAAAAGAGGAAGAUGCUCGCACCUCUAAUGCUCGACGAAGAGCUGAAAUCGAAGGUGAAGUCUUCGAAAAGGCAAUGGGGAGCGAGCUGGUGGGAACAAUAUUCGAUACUGUUCCAUAGAGGAAUUAAAGAAAGGCGCCAUGAAUACUUCAGCUGGCUGAGAAUCACUCAAGUUCUCGCCACCGCCGUUAUCUUAGGGUUACUGUGGUGGCGAUCGGAAAGUGGCACUCCAAAAGGCUUGCAUGACCAGGCUGGAUUGCUGUUCUUCAUAGCAGUGUUUUGGGGAUUCUUCCCAGUGUUCACAGCAAUAUUCACAUUCCCUCAAGAAAGAGCAAUGCUAAACAAAGAAAGAGCGGCUGAUAUGUACAGAUUCAGCGCUUACUUUUUGGCAAGAACCACAAGUGAUCUUCCACUUGAUCUUUUGUUGCCUAUUCUUUUCCUUCUUGUUGUCUACUUCAUGGCAGGCCUAAGGCUUAGCGCUGCUCCUUUCUUCCUCACCAUGGUCACUGUCUUCCUCUGCAUUGUGGCUGCUCAGGGCCUUGGCUUGGCUAUUGGAGCUACGCUCAUGGAUGUCAAGAAGGCCACGACUUUAGCCUCGGUCACCGUCAUGACCUUCAUGCUUGCCGGUGGAUUCUUUGUACAAAAAGUUCCGGUGUUCGUGUCUUGGAUCCGUUUCGUGUCAUUCAACUAUCACACAUACAAGCUUCUCCUAAAGGUGCAGUACAACAACAUCCUACCUACCGUAAAGGGUAUGAAAAUGGACAACGGAGUAGUCGAAGUUACUGCUCUAAUCGCCAUGGCUUUCGGGUAUCGUCUCUUAGCUUACAUUUCGUUGAGGAGGAUGAAACUGUCAGGAGUUUAACAGAAACAGAAUGCAAAAGAUUUUCUGAGGAAGAUUUACUACAAGCAAUCAGAGCAUUGGUUUGCUUGAGCUUGAAUCUGAGUUGCAGGGUCUAACAAAUAGUAAAAAUCUCUAUUAUGGAAACUCCAUUGGUAAUGUACUUACCUUUUGGAGACGGUGAUAGCAUCGAAGGCCGAACGGGGACGUGUUAUCGUCGGUAUGGCUUGCUCCUGGAGGUGCAUCAUCUAGCUAGAACAUUUAAACAGCUAAAUAUAGUAGCCUUUAACAGUAGAGGUUUAGUUCCAAAUCCAUGAACAUAAAAUGUUGGCAGCACCUUUCUGUUCUUCCUUUUCUACAAGAGAAACAUUCAGUUCAGAGGUGCUUUUUUGGUACAAACUCGGUUAUUUAUUACCGUUACAUGAAUCAUAAAUGUAUGAAUACGACGUUCGCUUC